GUGAAGGGCAUGGUUUUCAGGCAGUUUUUAAUUAGUCUAGGUAGGGAAUAGAAAUCAAACAGUUUAGGUCUAGAAUAGGGUCUAAUUUACCGGGAGAGUGGCCAGUGUAUAAAUAACUUAGUUUAGAACAGGAUUCUUUACCCAGGAUUUUAUAAAACAAAUUCGAAACUCAGAAGUGAGAACUUCACGUAAACAGAAUUAAAACUGCAUAGAAAAUAGCUAGUCUGGGAUAGGGUACGGGAUUGUGGUGCCACCACCAAGCGGCUGAUCAUGCAUUGUCUAGUAUAGGGUAAGGGCUCCAGUGUCCCAGCGGCACAUCCCACGGAAAGAUUUACAGAAUACCCUUCCCCCCACCCCCUCCUCCCACUAGACAUAAAUUUACGUUCUUUCAUGUGUGCCUUGUCACAGGAUGUCUAGAGUUUGUCGAAGCUGGAGGCAAGUCUCAUCAGAACCAAUUCUUUGGCGCGAAGUGAAUUUAUCGGCGAUGAGUAUCGAGUGCCCCAGAUCAGCUAAUGAUUCUACAAUCGAGAAGUUAGCCUGCUCAAGAUUGAAAGCGGUUAAAGAACUAAGCCUUGAUGGAUGGAGUGAGCUUACAGAUACAGGACUUAAGGCCGUUGGAAAGCACUGUCGCCAACUUCAGUCCAUCGUUUUAUCUCAGUGCGGAAGCUUGUCACCAAAAGGCAUCACUUCUCUCGCUACCAAGUGCCGCCAGCUUAAGAUGUUUGACGUUGCUAUGACGAAGAUUGACAUCUCGUGUCUUCAUCGCGUCACAAAGCGGCUCGGAAGCCAGCUUGAGGAACUCUGUUUGAUGAAUUGCAGUCGACUAGGUGGAGAACAAGUUCUUCCUAUCAUUCAGGAGAAUUGUCCAAACUUGACAGCUCUGGAUCUAACUAGUACCAAUAUUAGGAAACUGAACGUGGAGAAGUUACAGGCUGGUUGUCCGAAGCUUAAAGAACUCUUCGUCGCCAAUCUACUGCUUCACUCGACUCCCAUAAGCACUGAAGUGGAACAGAAUGGUUUUCCACAACUGGAGACUCUUUGCUUGGCUUGUGGUUCCCUGGCUGGAGUCCCCAGAACUGAUCGUUUUUUGUACAGAAUUUUAAGGACGUCAGUAAACCUUAAGAAGUUAGACGUCAGAGGACUUCAACGAAUCAGUCCUGAAGGAAUUCAGAGGUUGCCGGCUACAUCGCUUGAGGAGCUGUUUCUCUCAGACACUCGCGCCAAUUUUGCCACGAUGUCUGUUGUCAUUGAACAGUGGCACCACAGUUUGGAGAUUUUAGACAUCUCGUCCAAUAGUGGGGUGGGCGACGAAUCCAUGGAGCUGUUGAGGGACUUCGGAAUGCCGAAGCUGUAUAGUUUGGAUCUUGGAAGCACCAAUGUUACAGCUGAAGGCGUAAGGAAAGCUCUGAAUGCAUGCCCAAGACUCCAGCAUUUGAAUUUGACGUCUUGUCGUGGAGUCCCUCGAGGCUUAAAGCAGUGGCAUGCCGGCGCCAAAUUGAGAAAUCUCAUUGCUACGCUGGAGGAAAUGGAGUCUGGAACGAGCAGGGAACAGCACGAAAGCGAGUAAAAAUCACCAUGCAGUUCGCUUGAGGAGUUUAACAUUCCUGCAGCUCUGAGAUCUAAACAUGCAGGAAAUCUAUCGCUUCCAUCAAACGCGAUGAUGGAAAAUAGCGCGCACCUGAAGAAGUGGUUAAAAAGCAAGUAUCCUGGUGGGGCUGACUUUGUCUACUUCUUUCACGUCACUUUUCACUCAUUUUCCUAAUCAUUUUUAUCUAUCUGAAUGUUUCUUCAUUUCAGCCGCUAUCGCUGCAUAUCUGUUCCCUAAGCUAUUUAAUCCGUGAUACACUCUUCUUUACUUACUAUACACCACAUCUUAGCUUUCCUCACUUAUUAAGUCCCCACCAGCCACACCCCGUGUUCGGCCGAGUAUGUGCUCUCUUUACCACUUCUUAUGAGCAUGCUCAUACAUGAUGCCCGGCGAGGAAGACGAGUUGCCAGUAACGCAGUCUUGAGAGAACUAUUGUUUAUGUGCAUCCGCACCUUCAUUUGGUUUUUGAUUAAAGCCGGGAUCCUCAUUUUCGUCUUUUUUUCAGCAGUUCAUUCACUUACUCAAGAGAAUUAUGUUAACGUGUCUUGCUCUUCAUCUAUUCAAUAAACAGUUUAUGUAAAAGCAGCUUAAAACAUGUAACUGACAAGACAAAGUGUCUGUUAACUUAGCGGAAAUCUGCUAUAUCUGUACCUUUGGUGUGUUCAGGGCAUUAAAGGGAGCCAGUUAUUGAUUAACAAGGCUUGACGUUUCUCAAUUACAUUGCAUUCACAUCAGUGAGCCCUCGAGGUGUAUAACUCUCUCUAUUAAAACUAAUAUCUUAUCUCGUGCUUAGGUGAGACGAAACAUCGUCAAUUGAGGUUUAACUUUUACUGAAUUGUUUUCUGAUCAUUACGGGAGCUGAUUUUUACCACAAAGGAUCGUAAAAGUUAACGAGGCUAUUUUGUAUGAAAUCAAUUUUGAGCUUUAAAAGGCUUUGUGGGUGGGUUAUAAAUCUAAGUGGUUUAGGCCAAGCUUCUGCCUUCAAAGGAAUCAAAGUGAUAUCGACGAGACGCCUGACGAGACGCCGUUAGGUUUAGGGUCAAGUUUUUUUAGAGUGUACGGGCAUAACUUAAAGUUUCAAGAGUAAAGGAAAACAUUAUUUUCAAGUGAUUUUGUAUUAUUGCUAAGAAAUAAAUACGAAACGCAUACAAAACCAUGAUUUCAUACACAAAAUGUAAUUUUGUUGAAUUCUGCAAACCAAAAAUGUCAUGUUUUAUAGGGGGUGGGUCAUGUAAUUUGCAACCUUUAUUUAGGGGUGGUAACUCAGUUGUGUGCCAAAUGGAAGGGGUGGGUCAUGUGUUUUCUAACCACCACAUUUUCAAAUGCUCUGGCCCAGCCCCGCUGUACUUUUUGAUCGGUCCCUUAAA